ACUAUGAAGAAUAAAGUCCUCGUGUCGAAUAUCAUCCUAUAACAUUAGACUAAGUCUUUAUUUGGUUUUUUAUAUUUUAAAGUAUUAAAUAUCUAGAUUUUUUAUUAGCCAGUUACUGUGUACUAAUAAUUGAGAUUAUUUUAUAUUUCAUUUUCAGUAAGAUAUAACGCCACGGUGUGUGUAUGUAUAUAGACAUAGUAACUGGAAAUCUAGGUUGUUGUCUCCCGAGAUUUGGUCUGUCUCUCAUUCUCUCAUUGGCCUUUCUCUAUAUAAAGCUCACAGGUCGAGAGAGACAAGAAACACCACUUAAACGAUCAGACAGUUGAUUGGAAAGAUAUCCGUCGGAAAAUGGACGAUAUCAACCAAGAAUUCAGUAAUUACUGGGAACCCAACUCCUUCCUCCAAAACGAAGAGUUUAAAUACGACAGCUGGCCGUUGGAGGAAGCUAUUUCCGGAUCAUAUGAUUCGAGUUCACCUGACGGUGCGGCUUCGUCUCCAGCUUCAAAGAAUAUUGUGUUGGAGAGAAACAGAAGGCAAAAGCUUAACCAGAGGCUCUUUGCUCUUCGUGCAGUUGUUCCUAAUAUCACUAAGAUGGAUAAAGCAUCAAUAAUCAAAGAUGCUAUAAGUUACAUACAAGGGUUACAAUAUGAAGAAACGAAGCUUGAAGCUGAGAUCAGAGAACUUGAAUCUACACCAAAGAGUAGCUUGAGUUUCGGUAAAGAUUUUGAUUGUGAUCUACUGGUUCCUGUCACAUCCAAGAGGAUGAAGCAGCUUGAUUCUGGCUCUUCCCGUUCUCUCAUAGAAGUUCUUGAAUUGAAGGUAACAUUCAUGGGAGAGAGAACAAUGGUGGUGAAUGUAACAUGUAAUAAGAGGACAGACACAAUGGUGAAACUGUGUGAAGUUUUUGAGUCAUUGAAUCUAAAAAUCAUCACUUCCAAUCUCAACUCUUUCUCCGGCAUGAUCUUCAACACUCUCUUCAUUGAGGCAGAUGAAGAAGAACAAGAUGUGUUGAGGUUGAAAAUAGAAUCAGGAAUAGGAGCUUAUAAUGGAGCUCAGAGCCCCACUUGGAGCAUGGAGUCUCUAUACUAAAAAGCUUGUAUUUUUUAUUCUCUCUUUACAAAGAAUAAAAUAGUAUGUUUUUUUUUUCUCCACCCUUCGUUUUGUUUUUCCAUCACGAAGACUUCUUUUGCGUUUAUGCAAUGUCUAUAAUAAUCGUACGCAUUAAAUUUUUAUUUAAUUUUGGGGGGAGGGGGUGGGGAAUGGUAUGUUCGUCUUAAAUAUAAAUCGAAAUUUAAAAGGAGAUUUACUUUUUAUUUUUCACUGCUAGAUAAUGCAAUCUUAAUAGUAAGGUAAAUGAAGAGAGUGGACCAAUGAUUGAUUUACGCUUUUGUCAACAAAAGAAACUGAUAACAUGCCAUUUUUGUUAAGUCAAGAUAACAAGCCAUUUUACAUAAAGUAUGUGACUCAUAAGUGACUCAUCCGUUCAUGAAUACGGAUAAUAAUGGUUUGGGAUAAAAUAUUUAGAUCUUGUUCUAUGGGGUUUUGUACUAACCGAGGGUUUUGUGACAAAUGGAUUAGUUGAGGCUGUGUGUUUAUCUAGUGGAGGGGAUGACGAACGAUCUUCUGCAUGGGCAGUUGGUUGUUCUUAUGGGCACAGGGCAUGCCCACAAAGAUCUAUGAAAAUGAGAAUAAUGAAUUUGGUAUAAUAAUUUAACAUUUUACCAAAAAAAAAAGAGAAUAAUGUAAUUUCUCACUUGAAAACUCUUUAAUACUUAAGUUAAUAUACUUAACAAAUACUUAAGUUAAAAUAUUUCAAAUUCGAGUUUUUUUGGGCCGGUUAUUUUUGGUUAGGGUUAUUUUACCUCUUUUUAUUUUACAUUCCUUACUUAAUAACACUUGUUCAAUUAAGCAUAAUAUAUUCAGAAAGUAUGUAGGGUUCUAGUGAGGAACCUUGUUUGUAUAUCAUAACUCCUUUCUGCUAUAACUGUUUAGAUGUGAAACAUGGUGGAAUUGUAGCGUGUUGAAACUCUCAUCUCUAUCCGAAUUAUAUGAAAAAUGAACCUCUCCCGUCGUCUUUCUUGGUAUUUCUCUUCUUCAGACAAAACAGAAACAGUGCUUUUUAGAUUGUGGAAGUUGAAAUAACGGUUAAGUAACGCAAAGGCUGACACCCCCACCAAUCCACUUUUAAUUUUAGUGCUAUUUUCUUUUCUUUUCUUUUUUAAUCGAAUCAGAUUUAAUAUGAACCAAUCCGAAAAUAAUAAUUUACAUGCCCACUGUAAAGCCCAUUUACAGAAAAAGGAAAGCAACCAGCAUUACAAACUAUUUUCAUAACCUCUUCUUUCUGUGUAAAAAAGAUAAUGUUUGAUUGAAGUAACCCUUCACCACUGAUAGACACUGAUGACUUACUGGCACUGGUGACUCUUCUUCAAUACAUCUACGCAUUGUAAAACCAACCACUCAGUGAGCCUUUUCCUUGGGUGGGUGCUGGGUCUAAAUAAAAUAAACCCACAAGCCGCAGAGAUAGAACAAAAAAACGCAUUGGCUCUUGCAAUAUAUCCACCAGGUAGAAAGAAAAACAUAUAGUAAAAUAUAAACUUUCUCAUACAUUUCCAUUGUAGGAAGAGACAAAAAUUGAUAAACACUUUCUUUGCAGGACAUGAAACUUCAGGCCCAUCUAAUAGUCUUAGCUUAAUUAAUAGAAGCUGGAGGAAGUGGUUGGCAGCUUGCACUAGUCACACCUCAUAACAACAACAAUCCUCGUCUCGCAAUAGCAACAAAACUCGUAAGUCAUCUCAUUCGGAUUUAAACUAAAGAGAACUUUCUAGUUUUAACUCACAUGAUGUCACUGUUUAUAGGGCAGAGGUUUGACAAUCUUCUGCUCGACAGUCUCUACAAAGACGAUAUAGCAAGCAGACAGAUUCAACUAACCAAUGCUGGUUACGGAUUUGGAGCAACGGCUACAACCGGAGAACCAGCCUCAUCUAACCCCAACUCGCUCGGGAUGCAACAAGAUAUUUUCUGUAAAUAUCCGAGACCACUUUACUUUUCUCUAAGCAACCCAAAUCCGAGUUAAAGAUUUGAGUUCAUAAUUUCACAUACAAUACAAUCUCGAAAAAAAAAACAAAUCUUAUUUUCCUU